ACAAGAGAGGAAAUUCUGGGGGACCGACAGCCUCUAUCUUCUUCUCUCUUCAGUUCCGUUUUCUCCAGUUCCGUUUCUCUCCAAGUCAAACAUCAAAGAAAGAAAACUGAACCCCAGAGGAAAACAAACUUCAAAGUAAUGAUUAUGGGUGAGUAAAAUUCUGAUCGGAAAUCGGAUGGUCUUUCCGAUUAUACUUAGCCGGAUAUGGUCGGCAGAAACGGCGGAAAGUGGUGGCGGUGGUGGUUCUGAUACCAGUAGUUACUUGUGGUGGUUGUGGAGUGGAAUUGGAAAUGAGGAAAGGAAAAGGAAAUGGUAGCAGUAGUAAUGGGUUAUUACCAAAUUCACUUAGAAUAAUAUCAUCUUGUAUUAAAACUGUUUCUACUAAUGCCAAUACUAUUGCUUCAACUGUUCGUUCUGCUAGUGCUUCUGUAGCUUCUUCAGUUUCUGCUGCUUCUCCUGAUGAUCAGAAAGAUCAGGUAUUAUGGGCUGGAUUUGACAAGCUAGUGCUAGGUCCAUCUAUUUCCAAGAAAGUUCUCCUACUUGGUUACUCAAAUGGCUUUCAAGUCCUUGACAUUGAGGAUGCUUCUAAUGUUAGUGAAUUGGUUUCAAAGCGUGGUGGUCCUGUUACAUUCCUACAAAUGCAGCCCACCCCCAUAAUGUCCUCUCAUGAAGGGUUUACAAAAUUUCAGCCAUUACUGUUAGUUGUAGCAGGGGAAGAAAACAAUAGCUCUAGUCUGGCUCAAGGCCUCGACCAUGUGAAUAGGCCGAUCAGAGAUGGAAAUGUUGGAUCUGAUAUAAGACCCCGUGUUUCCUCCCCAACAGCUGUUAGGUUUUACUCUUUAAGGUCUCACACGUAUGCCCAUAUCCUGAGAUUCCGUUCUGCUGUAUAUAUGGUAAGAUGCAGUCCGCGAAUUGUAGCAGUCGGCCUUGCAGCACAAAUAUACUGCUUUGACGCUGUUACUCUUGAGAACAAGUUCAGUGUUAUGACCUAUCCAGUGCCUCAGAGUGGGGGACAAGAAAUGCUCAGGGUCAACACUGGUUAUGGUGCGAUGGCUGUGGGUCCAAGGUGGUUAGCUUAUCCUUCCAACAAUCCUCUAUCAACAAACAUUUCCCGGCUAAGUCCUCAGAAUCUGACCUCCUCUCCAGGUGUGAGUCCGUCAACCUCUCCUAGCAAUGGAAUCUUAGUUGCUCGUUAUGCUAUGGAGUCUAGUAAACAGUUAGCUGCUGGGAUCAUUAAUUUGGGUGACGUGGGAUACAAAACUAUGUCUAAAUAUUACAAAGAACUUUCACCUGAUGGUCCAAGCUCUCCGGUAUCCUCGAAUUCAAGCUGGAAAACUGGUAGGCUUAGAUCAGCGUCACAAUCAAAUGAAACAGAUAUUGCUGGAAUGGUUGUUAUUGAGGACUUUGUCUCCAGAGUGAUUGUAUCGCAAUUUAGAGCUCACACAAGUCCGAUUUCUGCACUAUGUUUUGAUCCAAGUGGAACCCUUCUGGUCACUGCCUCGGUAUAUGGGAACAGUAUAAAUAUCUUCCGCAUUAUGCCUUCCUUGUUGAAAAAUGAAUCAUGUACUCCAAGCUAUGACUGGAGUAAUAAUCACGUGCAUCUUUAUAAGUUAUAUCGUGGACUGACAGCAGCUGUCAUUCGAGAUAUAAGUUUUAGUCAUUAUAGUCAGUGGAUAGCUAUUGUUUCGUCGAGGGGGACUUGCCAUAUAUUCAUCUUAUCCCCUUUUGGUGGUGAGGUUGGUCUUCAAACACGAAAUUCGGUUAGUGAUGGACCAACCGCCGAACCAAGUCUCACUUCUCCAUGGUGGUCUUCUUCAUCUUGCGCAAUAAAUCAGCAUUCCUUUCCCCCACCAUCACCUGUCACCUUAUCUGUAAUAAGCAGGAUAAAGAAUAACAGCUCUGGCUGGCUGAACACAGUUGCUAAUGCGGCAGCCUCAGCAACAGGAAAGGUAACCCAACCACCAACUGGUGCUGUUGCCGUUACUUUUUACAAUUCUUUAUCCCGUCAUCUUCUGCUCAAUGCCAUGAAGGGCAAUUCCUUGGAGCACCUGUUGGUUUAUACCCCAUCUGGUCAUUUAGUUCAACAUGAACUUCUGCCAUCUCUUGAGGCAGAAUCAAGUGAUAGUGACUCUGGAACUAGUUUAGGUGCACUGGUACGAAAUGAUGAGGAGUUGAAGGUGAAGGCUCAACCUGCUCAAUGGUGGAAUGUCUGUCGAAGAUCAAAUUGGCCAGAAAAAGCAGAAAAUAUUUCUCGGGUUACCUCUGACGCACAUGAAGUUUCAGAUCCUGUUGGGGGUAUUUUUUUUGUAAAACCCCAAGAAAAACAACACGGGUAUCUUUCUAACGCAGAGGUGCAGAUAGGAUCUGGUGAGAUACGCAUAUGGCAGAAGUCUAAGAUUUCCUUCCAUAUCAUGGUUCCUUCGAGGGAGAUUGAGGCGGAAUUCACUAAAGAUUUUUUUGGUGGCGAGGUUGAAAUUGAAAAGAUCCUAGUUCGUGGUGUUGAAGUUAAAAGAAAGGACUUGUUGCCAGUCUUUGACCAUUUCCAUCAUGUUAAAUCAGAUCAGAGUGAAAGUGGUUCGUUUGCUGGAAGACACUCAAGUAAUUCAUCUUUUGAACCUUACGAGAGCCAUUUUACAGAAGACACUGGUAGUCCUAACCAUGAUCCCAUGAAUACCGGAUCAUUUGAAAGCUCAAAUUCAGGUUCAAGUGGAAAUCCAAAUGAUUUUGAUAAAAUGAAAUCUUUCAAAGUUGCUGAACUCAAAGAAUCUAGCACAGUCAGGGUAAAUGGACCUGAAAGGGGCAUCAAUGUUAUUCCAUCUACCCUACUGAGCCAGAACUUGGCAAGAAAAGAUCAUCUUUCUGAGCAGCGUUACAAUUGUGUUAUAAAUGGUGUAUCAUUUUUAAAAAGUGAUUUUGUUUCCAUUGAAGGAAUUAUGAAAGUAGGAACACCUUCAAAUGGAAGUGAGGUGAGUGAAAUUUCAAACCCAAGUUCUGGUCGAUCUGAUCCUAUUGAUUUGCGAGACACAGUAGAUUUUGGUCAUUGUUUUCAAGAGGAUUACUGUGAAGUGUCAGAGCUCAAUGGAUGUCAAAAAUCAGCUGAAGUUAUUCAUGGAAGUUAUGAUCAUCGUGCGAGAGAAAAAGUGGCUAAAGAUGAAGAGGACGACGACAUGCCUGGGGGCAUGUUUGCCUUUUCUGAAGAAGGUUGAUCAGUGUCUUACAUCCUUAUCAGUGUUCUAAUUGAAAACUUAGUCUGUCUUAUGUUAGCCGCUUGAUGGUAGCAUAUGGGGGAAAUGGGCAAUUACCUGAAAUGGUGUGCGGCUCUGGGUUUCUCAUGUACAUUUGUAGAUUUGCAGCAAAUUUCAUUGUGUUUGCUUUUCAGUAUAGUUGGUGAUGGUAAGACAUAUUGGUUUUAGAUUACCCGAUCUCUGAAGUUCUAGUUUACCAUUUACAAGAUUAUAUGAUGAUCAACUUUAGUUGGCCGUAUGGACAAACCAAUUUCAAAAUAUUAUGGUUUUUU